UCCAGCCCGCGGCGCCAUGGAGGCCGUGCUGGGGCAGGUGGAGCAGCUGCCGGCGCUCCUGGCCGUGUCCCGCUCUGCCUUGGUGCGGGACUGGGACUCCCUCACCCUGGACAGGGCUCUAGAGUGGGCGCGGUAUUUCCAGCACCUCCACGACCGGUUCCGUGCCCGGCCCCAGCUCCGGGAGGCCCUCGGGCGGCGGCUGCGCCGCUCUCAGCCGUACCCUCCGCUCGGCUUCCCCGCGCUGGGCCGCUGUCCGCAGCUCUUGGGGCUGGCGCUGCUGGAGAACCGCGCUUUGCCGCCCGCCGCCUGCCGCCGCCUGCUCCGCAGCCUUCUGCGGCCCCCCGGCACGGGGAGCGGCCCCCAGCCCCGCGGCCUCGAGCUGCUGGCCCGCCGCAAGGCCGCCGCCUGCCUGCUGGCGCUGCCCCGCCGGCCGCCGCCGCAGCCCGCCGGGCCGGAGGUGCGGCUGCAGCCAGAGGUGCGGGCGGAGGCAGAGCUGCUGCUGAGCCGGCUGCGGGAGGAGCGGCAGGAAGGCGGGGAGACCGCGGGGCAGCGGCGGUGGCUGGGCCGUGUUCUGGAGCAGCUGCCCCAGCCCCGCUCCUUCGAGGUGGUGGCGGCCGCGCUGGCUCUGCUCAAGCGGGGGCCUGGCACCGAGCGGGCCGGGGACGCGGAUCGGGACAGGGACACGGAUCGGGCCGGGAGCAGCCCAGACGGGUACCCGGCGAGUGCUGCAGGAGAUGGAUGCACAGCUGGACCCCUGCUUUCCUGGCUGCUGGGCAACCAGGAGCGAUUUUCUGCCUUCUGCCUUUGCCUCCCGUGUUCCCAUCUUGCCUUCCUCGCUGGUCACUAUUCCCAGUUAAGCAGAUCUUAUUUGGACCUCCUAACCUGCUGGGGAAGCCGCUUGCACUAUGACCCCUUGCAGGGACGGUGGGUUAAAAGCUGCCCUGAAGAAGCUGAAGCGUCCUGGGAAGAGUUAAAGGAGCGCUUCAGCUGCCUCUGUCAGGGAUCUCCACUGCUUAAAGAACAGACCCAAGCUGCCCUGAAACUCCUGAGAACACGAGAUGGAGACUUUAAUGUCUGUGGCCUAAGCGUGUGGACUGACUUACUGAUGGAAAUUGGCUACUAAUGCAUGAACACAAAAGCAACCUGAAAACUUAUAAAAUCAGGCAAAUGUGGUUAACAUUAUUUGAUGCGAAAGGCAAGAGAACUACACCUCACUUUGUUGAAAGCCACUUGUUAUUGUGACUGCUGAUCACAAUGAUUCUGACUGCAUCUGGUUCUGAAGUCUUUCGGGGAGGCCUGGUGUUUUCUUGUAAUUGUGCUGUCAUUUCUGGUCAACACAGAAAAUGGCUUUGUUUUCAGUACUUCCUGAUUUAUAUCUAAUAAAAUUUUUGC